UUUCUUUCUACAAUUUUAAAUUAAAUUUAUUAGAAUAAAUGCUUCGAACACACACGAUCUAAGUACCUUUUGUGUUUAUUAUACCUUACCUACCUAGGUAUAAAAAGAGUACUUACGUAGAUUUUCUUUUAUUAACUGUUUUAUACGAAGAUCUUGAUCUCUCAAAUUAGCAUCCAUUUUACUUCCAGUGAUUAUCAACUAAAUUAAUAAUCCACAAAGUAUUAAAUAACGUUUUUAUGAAAUAUUUAGCACAAAAACAAUACCCUUUAAAUAUCGAUCGUCAGUAACUGUGGCUGACUUACCUAUAUUCUAGCAAGCAGGACUGCCAGAUGUGAAGGGGAAAUCCCCAAUAAAUUGUUGCAUGUGACUGAUGAUGUGAGCAUGUUCGUUUCAUAAUAAAAAUGUUGCCAGGUAACCAAAAAGUCGUAUGUUUUUGUGCGAAUUACGAUCAUAAUCUUUACGAUCGUACAUUAAAAAAUAGACAAAUAAUAGUAUGAGUACGAUUUAAAUCGUAUAUCUGUCAACCCUGCUAGCAAGACAGCGACAAAAUCACGUUGCAUAACAAUGUAGCCCAAGCUUAUAUCUUAUGAAAUAUACGGAAGAGAUACGGACUUAGAAAAAACAGAAAUGUUGUUCUUUGUGGAAGUCAUUGAUGAAAUUCUAUGUAUUUUAGCCCGCAAACUUUCUUCAAACAAAAACAGCGCCAUCUAGUAUCGAGUUCUGUAAUUAUCUCUUUGUUUAUGGAUUUGAAGUAAGACCGCCACGCAUGCAAUACAUUAUGACUGGGGAUUCCCCUAUUCGUCGACGCUGAAUAUGAGGCGACGACAAUCACUGUCAAACGUGUUCACUAUUACUCUGACUCUGGUAACGUGACUUCCUGGUAACGUGUUAGGUAGGAAAAGCAGUAAAAAAGUGCAUAUUAAGGGAGCAGAUUUGAAAUAAUAUUUAUACUUAACAAGAAAUAAUUAAAGGUUCAAUGGGGAGACCUAAAGAUUUACGCAUAUGGGAGCACUACCGUACUUUACCAAACAAGUCUGUUUCUUGCAAGCUUUGUAAUAAGGUCUACAAAUUCAGUAAUGCUGCCAAAAUGCUUCAACAUCUUAUCACUUGUCCAAAAUCUCCAGAAACAUUAAAAGACUCUAUGAAACUUAUAAAAGAUAGCUCGUCCAAAACCAAAAUGUCUGGACUGUCAGAGAUAGAGACAAAUGAUUCUUUUAUAAGCCCCUCGUCGUCUGCUAACACUACAAUAAAUGCUGAGUUUCAAGACACCGAUGAUCAUAUAAAAACAGAAUUAGCGAGAGCUAUAUUUGUAACAGGGACGCCAUUAUCGAUGGUGCAACAUCCUUUAUGGAUACAAUUUUUCGAAAAAUUGCAACCAAAAUUUAAAAUACCUUCACGUAAAGCUUUAGCGACAAAAUACUUAGAUAAAAUAUAUAGAGAAAUGCGUUUUGAGUUAAAUGAGGAACUAAAUGCUUGUAGUUACUUACACCUUCAGUGCGAUGGCUGGUCUAAUUUAAGAAAUGAAGGAAUAAUAAACUUUCUUAUAUCAAAACCUCAACCUGCAUACGUUAAAAGUUUGAAUACAGAAAGUAAUCCUCACACUAGUGAAUACCUUAGCCAAGAAGUUGAAAAAGUAAUGAAAGUGUAUGGAGCAAAUAAGUUUCUUGUACUUAUUGGCGAUAACGCUAGAAAUAUACAAAAGGCAUUCGAAUUAACAAAACUCAAAUAUCCACAUGUUGUUCCUCUCGGUUGCUGUGCACAUAUCCUUAACUUGUUGUGCCAAGAUAUUGUAAAGAUACAAGAAGUAACUGUGUUUAUUAUGCAAGCCAUAAAUAUAAUAAAAACUGUUAAAAGGAGUCAACGAUUAAGUUCCUUGUUGAUAAAAUCAAGGCAGGGUGAAGAUUCUACACAAACACUAAAAUUGCCUUGUGCUACAAGAUGGGGAAGUAAUGUUACUUCGUUAAAAAGUUUGAAAGCAAAUAAGAUAGCUUUGCAAAUAUUAACAGUUAGAGAAGAUGUGGUAAUUUCAAGAGAUAUUAAAGAUUUAAUUCUAAGUGAUGAUUUCUGGACGAAGACAGGGGAAUGUAUAAGUAUUUUGGAACCAGUCACUGAAAGCAUAUUUUACUUAGAGAGCGACCAGAAUCGUUUGCAUCGCACAUAUAUUACAUUUAGAGAUGUACAAGCUAAGAUACGUUUUGCAUUAAAUGAGAUUUCGACAUUGAGCGAAGAAAGCAAACAGCAGAUUCUAACAUCAGUAUCUUCAAGAUGCAAUAUGGCAAUGAGGCCAAUACAUUUUGCAGCAUAUAUUCUAGACCCCAGGACUCUAGGAGUCGAACUUACUCAAGAGGAAGAACUUAAGGGUAUGGAGUUUAUCUACAAUUUAAGCCAACACUUAAGUUUGUCAAAUGUAAUGGCAGAUUUGGCGUGUUAUAAAGCUAAAGAAAACUUUUGGGCCAGAGGAUUUGUAUGGAGCUCAUUAGAUAGCAUUGAGCCCCUAAUAUGGUGGAAAGGUAUUUGUGGUUCCACUGAGUUAAGCAAAGUAGCGAUUCGUAUUCUAUCAGCUCCCUGUACUUCGGCAGCCACUGAGCGUUCCUUUAGUAUCCAAGGCUACAUACAUAAUAACAAAAGAAAUCGAUUUACAACUGAAAGAACUGAAAAAAUUUCAUUCAUUUGUUAUAACUGGAAUCUUAAACAUAAAGCUGAAUGCGAGGACAUUCAGUUUAAUGAAGAAAAUACCUUAGAAGCUUUCAUUGAGCAAGUAAAUGAACAUAACAGUUUAGACGAAAUAGAGCCUAUCGAACCUAUACAAUUCAUCGCUUGUAAUAACUCUGAAUCUGACAGUGAUUGACUGUAGUUUUACAUUUUACUUUCAUCUCUUUCUUAAUAAACUCAAAAUCAAAUUAAAAGUUUUUUAUUCUGUAGGCUGCAUAAUAAUAUUGUCUAUGUCCAGUAUAGUGGACGUCUUGCGGCUGAGAUGACGAUGAUGAAGUACAAAAUCAUAAACACCCAAAAAUUUGGGUGUUUAUGGGGUUUAAACCCAAUAAACCCAAAACACCCGGUUUUUACCCACCAGACUUUAAACCCACCCAGGUGGAUUGCCCAUCU